UACUUCAAGUCUUAAAACAACCAUCCGCAAGUGCACACUUUCUCAUUUGUUUUCCUCAUCCUCCUCAUCACUCUCACUACUUCACUUUCUCUCUUUCUCACCCAACAAAUGUCUGGAAUUCCAGUCAAAUGGCAGCUUCUUUUUCUAUCAAUCUAUCUUACCAUCAACAUAGUCCUCUGCUCAGCCAACAAUCCUUUAACAAAGAAGACUCACAUUGUCCAAAUGGAUAAAUCAGCAAAGCCAGAAACCUUUUCGAACCAUCUCGAAUGGUAUGCCUCAAUGAUACAAUCAGUACUCACUAGACCAGCAAAAGAAGAUAUCGAAGACGACAACAGAGUCAUCUAUACUUACCAGACUGCUUUCCAUGGUGUGGCUGCUCGGCUUAGUGAAGAAGAAGCAGAGAGACUAGAUCAACUACAUUGUGUGAUGGCCUUGUUUCCCGAGACUAAAUACCAGCUACACACCACAAGGAGUCCACUGUUCCUCGGGCUAGAACCCGAAGACAGCACCAGCGUCUGGUCCGACAAGCAAGCCAAUCAUGACGUCGUAGUCGGUGUGCUCGACACCGGGAUAUGGCCAGAGAGCCAAAGCUUCAACGAUACCGGCAUGACACCGGUUCCGGCUCAUUGGAAAGGCACAUGUGAGACGGGUCGAGCCUUCACAAAGCAUCACUGUAAUAGAAAAAUUGUGGGUGCACGAGUGUUCUACCGUGGAUACGAGAGUGCUACGGGUAAAAUUAACGAGCAAGAUGAGUACAAAUCGGCACGAGAUCAAGACGGUCAUGGAACUCACACUGCAGCAACCGUUGCGGGCUCGCCUGCCCGCGGAGCGAAUCUUUUGGGCUACGCCUACGGGACAGCCCGAGGUAUGGCCCCGGGUGCGAGAAUCGCAGUUUACAAAGUUUGCUGGGCGGGUGGGUGUUUCAGCUCCGAUAUUCUCUCCGCUGUCGAUCAAGCCGUGGCCGAUGGCGUGAACGUUUUAUCAAUCUCUUUAGGUGGUGGAGUAGCAUCUUAUUAUCGAGACAGUUUGUCAAUAGCGGCUUUCGGGGCAAUGGAGAUGGGGGUGUUCAUUUCGUGUUCAGCUGGAAAUGGAGGUCCGGACCCUGUUAGCCUCACUAAUGUAUCACCAUGGAUAACCACAGUUGGAGCUAGCACAAUGGAUAGAGAAUUUCCAUCUAUCAUUAAGCUUGGGACUGGUACAAGUGUAACUGGGGUUUCACUCUAUAAAGGAAGAAGGAACUUGUCAAACAAAAAGCAGUACCCUCUGGUUUACACAGGAACCAAUUCAAGCAGCCCUGAUCCGAGCUCUCUGUGCUUAGAAGGAACUCUGGAUCGACAUACCGUUGCCGGAAAAAUUGUAAUAUGUGACCGAGGAAUUAGCCCUAGAGUUCAGAAGGGACAGGUGGUCAAAGAUGCUGGCGGAGUAGGGAUGAUAUUGUCAAACACCGCAGCCAACGGAGAGGAGCUGGUGGCAGAUUGCCAUCUUCUUCCGGCGGUGGCUGUCGGAGAAACGGCGGGUAAAGCAAUCAAGCAUUAUGCAUUAACAAAUUCAAAACCAACCGCGACUCUAGAAUUCUUGGGGACUAAAUUGGGGAUAAGGCCAUCUCCGGUGGUGGCAGCGUUUUCAUCCAGAGGACCUAAUUUCCUUAGCCUGGAAAUUAUGAAGCCCGAUGUGGUAGCACCAGGAGUGAACAUUCUUGCGGCUUGGACGGGCGAAACGGGUCCAUCUAGUUUGCCGACAGAUCGCCGAAGAGUGAAGUUCAAUAUACUGUCUGGAACUUCCAUGUCAUGCCCACAUGUGAGCGGGGUCGCGGCAUUGCUCAAGGCCAGGCACCCGGAAUGGAGCCCAGCAGCAAUCAAAUCUGCACUGAUGACAACAGCUUAUAUCCACGAUAACACCCGCCAUCCUCUGUCUGAUGCCUCGACCGGUGCACCGUCCACCCCGUAUGACCACGGUGCAGGACACAUACAUCCAUUGAAAGCCCUUGAUCCUGGUUUAAUUUACGACAUCGAGGCACAGGAUUACUUUGAUUUCUUGUGCACUCAAGGCCUAACAUCAUUCCAACUGGAAGUUUUUGCUAAGUUCUCAAACAGAUCUUGCCGACAAUCUCUUCCCAAUCGAGGUGAAUUGAACUACCCAGCUCUUUCUGCUGUGUUCCAAGAAAACAGUAAGGUUACGGUUGUGACAAUUCACAGAACUGUCACCAAUGUUGGGCCUCCUGUUUCAAAUUACCAUGUCAUGGUUUCGCCGUUUAAAGGGGCUUUCGUCAAUGUUGAGCCAACAAUGCUGAAGUUUACGAGCAAACUCCAGAAACUAUCUUACAAGAUCACAUUCACAACGAAAUCUCGACAGACACAGCCUGAGUUUGGUAAUUUGAUUUGGAAAGAUGGAGUACACAGUGUAAGAAGCGCAAUAGUAAUCACGUGGAUGUCACCCAUAUAAUUGAUGUUGCAAGAUAUUGAACAUGAAUCUGGAUUAAAAAACCCCAAGGCUGCUCAUUUUUAUUGCAUGGAAUGCUUUCCUUAGUUUGUUUUCAUAUUGCUAGUUUUCAGCUAAAGAGUAAUGUAUAAGAACCGCUUUGCAUUUCUGUUGAAUUCAUCCCAUUUAACUUGGAGAGAUUAAAGUGGUGAGGUUGUUCUAUCAUAGCUUUUUGUAACUCUUGCCAAUUAUGGCACUUCUAGCGAUGAUCAAGGUUCUUAAAAAUCAGGAUCCUCCACAGAAUUGUUGGGACAAUCUCAAUUGGAUUAUAGAAUCAGAUUGAGAAUCUACUUUCAGUACAAAAUAAAGUGUGAAAUUAUCAAUAA